UCCUUCGUGCCUCCCUCUUUGCUCCCGCCCCCACUCCCACUCAACAGGCGCACAAGCACGCCGCAUCGAAGCAAUGUUUCCUUCGCGCUCCAAGGCCGCUUCUGCUCCAUCCUCCUCCAAUCCGGCACCACGACCCUGUCAGAAAUGUCUCCAAUCAGGGCACGCAACAUGGCAAUGCACCGCCGCUGCGCGCCCCUACACAGCUGCUAGGCCCACGCGAUCGCAGCUCUUCAGUGACGACGGGCUGAGGCGAAGGCAAGAGGAGAAGACGAGGAAGAUGGGCAAGCUGCCGGAGGAGGUGAGAGAUGGGCCGAUGAAGGAGGGGAGAGCUGAAGACGGGAGGCGUGAGGAGAAGGGAAAGGGUAAGAAGAGGGAGCGAAGCGUCGAGCGGGAUGAAGCGCGUAGAGGACGAAGCAGCAGAAGACGGCGCAGCCCUUCCUACUCGUCCGUCUCUUCACACGACUCCUACACCUCGGACUCGCGGUCAAGCUACAGUCGCUCUGACUCUCGGUCACUAUCGCCGUCGAGAUCACGCUCUCCGCCACCUCGGCGAUCUGACAAGGAGCGUCGUAGAACCAGGAGCGUCUCGAGGUCCGUCUCGCGCAGCAUCUCGAGAAGCGUAAGAGGCAGCAGCGUGGACAGCAGCCACUCGACUCGACGGAUCUCUCGGAGGACCAGUCGCAGCCCACGGCUCAGCCGGAGUCGUAGCCUCUCGCGAAGCCGCAGCCGCAGCCGCAGCCGUAGUGGCUCUUUCACGCCUUCCGACGCCUCUUCACGCUCAAGGUCGGCUUCGACUAGGCGGGCAAGGGAUCGGCGUGAUUAGUCAACGGUCCGAGUGAGACAGGGAGCGAGAAUGUCACGAGGGGCUUGCCCGUCGUGUCACACAGAGGGGAUUGUAAUCGGGAAUGGAAUCGAAUUCGUAUAGAAAGAGAAAGAGAGAAACUAAGUGAGCGCUCGUUGUGCUAGGAAGAGGGCGGAGAUGUAGAAAUGGGGUUAUCGAAGUUUGAGCGGCAGAGGCGCGCCUGCCUUGUCUUUGACCCUGCAGAGCAGAGCGUGCCAACGAGCAGGGUACCUCUCGCCCCUGCAUACUCGUGGCCACGGUAUCGACUGAUGAG